AUGUUUUAUCAAUACUUUCUAAUUAAGAAUAAUCCUUCCCUUUCUCGUCUGAGUGUAUUAAAAACCACAGAACGGACUUGUGAUGUUCUAUAAACCACUGCUCAUACAAAUAAAUCUAGCAAGUAUAUUCAUGAAAAAUUUAACACUGAACACUCAACUAAUGAAGGCUAUUUAAUCAAAAAAUCCAAUCCCUUUUCAAAACAAAAAAAAUCCAAAAUCAACAUUCUCAUUAACAACAUCAAAAAUACAUACAAAUCCGAGAUCGAAAAGAUUAAAGAAGAAUCCAGAAUCCGACAAACCAAUCCAUAGAUUCAUAUGUACUGUGUUUCAAUCUAUAUUUAAAGUUAGGACAUGCUACUUCGCAAUAGAGAUGACAUAGCCGUAUUAAUUGAUAGAUUACGAAGGAUUCUUCUGAAUAAAUCUAAACGAUCCUUUUGCAUUGAGAUUAUUCAGGAAAUCAAUAAUCAAAUCUCCAAAAUUCGCAAUCUUGAUAUCAAGAUCUUAGUUAGUUUAGCUCUCUCUAAAAUUGCCAAAUAUUACAAUCUUUUGCAUUACUCCAUUCUGCUUGCCAAAAAUGCCAAAAGAUUCUCAGACUCAGAACCUAUGCUCAAGUAUAAAAUUAAGGCCUAUGAAAUCUUGUCCUUGUGUUUCCUUAAAUUGAGACUCAAACAAGCAAAGACCUAUAUAACCAAAUAUUUAAUGUGUAGUUGGAAAUUAGAUAAACCAAACGAAGAACUUAAAGGAUAUGAUCAAAUGGGAAAAUACUAUUAUUAUGAAGGCAAUAUCGAAAUGGCUUAAUUCUUCCAUAAUAAAAUGAUCAACGGAGAUACCUUGAAACCCAACUCAUCAUUAAAGAGAUUGGCAGUGGCUAAAUUUGAAUAAGGUUCAGUUGGAAAAAGCAAGAAAGAGAAACAGUCUGUCAGUACUGAAGAAGCAGAUUUUAAUAUAUCUUCAGAUGAUGAACCAUUUGAAGUAAUCUUUGCUUAAGAUCAUGAUGAGGGAUUGUAAAAAGCAAAGCACAAUUUUGAACUUAUGAGAAAUGACCAAAAGAAAAAACCCUCGCUUCUCCAUUAUUAAAUAAGAAAACAACCAUAGUUUGAUAAGACCAACUUAAAGCGAGCCUUACAAGAAUCAAAAAACGCUAAUUCAUUUAUAAGGAUUCCAAAAACUUAGCAAACUCAGUCAUUAUUGACUGAAAGAGGUACUUUGGACCUUACUAAAAUUAAAGGACUCUCUCAUGCACAUAUUCAACUUGGAGAACUCAAGAAUCCUGUUUUGCUAAAUCAUCUUAGUCCAAAUAGAUGCUUAGUCAAUUAUUAGCACAUUGAAUUGAAUAAAGCCCCUCAAUCAUAUAAGAAUGCGGAGGAUAUUGAACCUUUGUUCGAUAUUGGUGAUAUAUAAAAGAUGUCGAAGAAUCUUAACAAGUUGAUUGCAAUAUUGACAGGAGUUGAGGAAUGGCUCCAAACAUAAAGUGAAUUAUACUGA